CCCAACCAGGAAGUACACGUCCCAACUAUUUUCCAAGUCAAAGUUUUCCGUAAAUAAAAGUCGGGUGCUGCAAUUUCAUCUCAUGUAUUCUCACCAUCCAACACUGCAAACUAAGCUAAACGUGCAACAAAACGCCGCACUAUCAAUUUUGCUUUGUUGCUUGACGCGAAAAUGAAAGUGAAACCUGUUACCUGAUAGCCUGCUGGUGCUCGAAGAGCAAGUCGGAGAGGCAGAAUCACACCAUGUGUUUGUUGAGAAUAUUAACAUUGUUCCUAUUUCUUUGUACGGGCGUACAUUGUCAUACACUGUCAUGGGUGUCGUGUAAGUUUAGUGACCAUCAAGUGCUCAUCAAUAACGAGGGUGUCCGUGACGUUCAACACCAGGAAAGAGCUGGCAUGCUGCAGUUGGGUCACAGAGGUGACGCCCCCUUGAACCCUAAUGCCAUCACUUUCUUGAUUACUGAGUCCAAACUGAACCUGCAGAGCUACGUGAAGGACGUGGAAGCGGAUCACCUGGAUUGUGCAAUUCAUAGAUCCAUCACCGACCCACACAUCCAUGUGAACUGGCCUGGGCAGAAGUCCCGCCAGUACAACUCUUGGUUCAGCUUCACCCUGACACACAAAGAGAGUCUGUUCGCUGUCUCUGGAAUCCUCAGAUACCCGACUGAGCCCCCACCUGAAGAGCAGGCCGCUCACAGCUGGCCUGUUAUUGAAGACAGACAGACACUUUUUACAACAGUUGCAAUGAUCCUGAAAACACAAACUCCCUUUGUGACGUCGGGCGUGGGGUUCCGAAAAAAGCUCCACUGCCAGUUUGCUGUGGACCACAAGAGACCAAACGUGACUGCUCAAUGGAACCAUCAGCACCACAAAGCUCUCUUCAGCCAUGCCAGCCACACUGGGAAGACCCAGGGCACAGGAGUUGACCUGAAGAAUCUAGCAGGCGGUGACCUUUCUUACACUCUGCCCUUUACUAAAGUUGUCCAUGCUGGGACGUACACAUGCUCAGCCUCCGUGGUUCCGCUGUUUGCCAAACUAGACAUUAGUCUAGAAAUUCAAGAAUCUCCCCAGGUGUCUCUCAAUGUGGCUCCUACUCUUACUUUGCAAGAAGGUGAGGAGAAGAAGGUGGUUUGUGAGGCAGAGAACUACUACCCUCUAGAUGUGCUCAUCGUGUGGCACGAGCGGGACCCGGAAGUUUCGGCCCAGAGGGUCGGCGCUCCUCUCCCAAAGGAGCUCAAGAAUGUUUUGCUAUCCAGCCACAAACACAACACGGACAAGACUUUCUCGCUGUCGGGCUUCUUCUACCUCCAGGCUUCCAUCGCACAAUCAGGGAGACAGUUCACUUGCACAGUCUCCCAUCAGUCCCUGCGGAUGCCCAUUAAAAAGAGCUUCAUUCUGAUAGUUGAAGAACCAACCAGCUGGGUGUUCCUUCUCACUGUUGGCAGCGUUAUAGUGCUGCUGCUGCUCAUCCUCUUUUUUACACUGAGAUACUUCUGCCAAGCGAGAAAGCGUUUGGUGGAGAAGAAGCCAUACUGAUGCAUCAUGAAUGGAGAAGAACAGUCCAAAACAAUAGCAAGAAAGGCUGUCUCCCUACAUUUUACCAUUACUUUAAACACGUUUUUAACCAAAUGUAUAUUAUUCUAAUUGACUUAUUUUAGUCAAUUACGGUACUUAAAAUAGAAUAUCAAAAGUUCCGGGAUUGACCACCAAUUUGCUGUUUGCUACUUUUUGCAAUGAAAGUACAGUGGAACUCCUGCAUUCACAUCACUGUAAAUUUGCAGAUUGUUGGUAGUUUUUUUAAUUUGUGGAAAAACAUACCCAUUGGUGCUUUUUGUCUCUGAAAAUAAGUUGGAUUAUUCACAUGUCGUUCAACCUAAAUCCGUAAUAAUUUAUAAAUGUGUGAUGAUAACAUGUAAAAUGUGCACCAUUGUCACACAACAUACAUCUGCGACGUGAAGUGAUAUCAGUGCAAGAUGUCUGCAUUGAUGGGCAAGCUAAUUAGAAAAUGUAGUAAGCUAAAAUACAAGUUACUCUAGAUUAAAUGGAGCUAAACUACAGGGGAAGCUAUCCCGGGAGAAUUCUAGCAAGCUACACAGAAAAAGUAGCUUGCUACAUCAAAGCUACAUUUUACAGCAUUUCUAUUCACAUGUAUAAAAUCAAUGUUAAUGUAACUGAGAGUGUACAAAUAGACCCCAUUACUAUUAACUAGCUGUCAUUUAGCUGGGGACUCCCUACAACUACCUCUAGGGGGGCACGCACCACACUGUAUUUAUUUAGCUGGCCUUUUCUUUGGCCCACCCAUAUAAUGUAAUUAAUUUUCUCUACUUACAGUAAAAAAAACUUGCAUCUAUCUAUAUCUUGACAAUUAAAAACAAUGACGUGUGUGUUGUUUGGGAACAGUUGGUGAUGGUUAUGUGCAGUAUAACAUUUAAUGAACUCAACUCACCCUGAAGUGUGUUUCUAAAUUUGUGUUGGACGUCUUCGAUGAAGAAAGCAGUUAUGAUUUUGGUUUACAGAGUAAACAACUAAAAACUAAGAUUUUGGGUAUUGUUCUCUCAACACAUACAUUUGUCUAUAUAUGGCUUAGGACUCGCAUUAUUGUGGGUUUCCUGCACGUCAUCUUCAUUAUU